ACUAGAUAUGUACGAUUUGUAGUAGGUACUGAAUUCCUGUAAGUACAGUCCUUAUCAUAUUCUCUCUUAUCGCUACUUAGCUAGGUAGGUUAGUGCUGGUAUCUGUCGCUAUCUCUACCUAAACCUUACAGGGCCGAGCUAGCGCUCUAGUAGGCACUGGGCAGGCACUGGGCAAGUACUGGGCAAGUACUGGGCAAGUAAGUACCUUAGGUACUGGUAGGCAGGCAUCUUUAAAGGUUGCAUUCCCAUUGCAUGCAUGCUUGGAGUUUUUGAGUCACCAUCAGGGCCGGUUUCACAACCUUGAGAGGUUCAAAGUUGGGUAUAAAGCUCAAUUGAAGCAUCACUUUCUGUCGCUUCCACCAUCCGUUCGUUUAUUAAAUGUUCUCUUGAAAAACCGCAGCCCUUUCCUCCCCAAUCGCCCGUUUCAAGGGGAUCUAUACCAUGUGUUCUGCGUCAUGAUCCUGCGACAUACAACGUGUAGGAAAGCUGCUGCUGGCUGGAAUACACCAUUGCUCAAGCAUUCCACCCAUACCAAAUCAGAUGAAUUAUCUCAUGGAGCAGCAGGGGGUAGAGGAUCCUCGACCCUCACCUCUCGCCCGGCGCGACCUGCAAGCAGUGGUGGAACUGCGCCACCAUUUGUGUCGCCUUACGCCUCCAUAUCAGAAGCGCAGAAGCUGAAGAAGACCCAAGAAAGAGACUUUUUGGUUACCGUUCUUGAAACCUCAGUCACGAAGCGGGAUGCCAAAGCCUACAUGAAUAGGUUUGUGCCUUUCCUUGAGAGAAAAUCGACGAUAGCUUUCAAGCAACGCACUGCGGCACAAGUCAAGUCAGAUGGGCGUAAAGCCGUAUCAGAUCCCUCCGCAAUUGUAGCAGGCAAUGUCGCGGCGAGCGAGGGGCAAUCGGUCAACUCGCGAGCUAGUCCGAAGUCGGACCAGGACCUUACAAUCCAGGAGCCCCUGUUUGUGGCCUUGGUAAAGUUCCGUGUCCCCGAGACGGUGAAUGACACUACGCUCGACGGAGUCGCCAAAACACUUGGUCGGCUCAGGAAGCUCGGUCUCGUCAGUGUAGUGGUCGUUGACUCCAACGGAGAAGGCCUGGAUGAAAUCACCCAGCGGCAAACCGCAACCACCCAGGCAAGACGUAUAGCCACAGCCAUCGAUAACUACGAUGCACCGUGCGCAAGGGUGAUCGACUCGCCUAUCACUAUAGCUAAGAAAGAUGGCACUCCUGCGUCACACUUCACCUCACAAGAUUUAUCCAUUGGAAACUCAAGUGAGCUCAUGACUGCCUUACAGGAUGACCUCAUCGCCAUUAUACCUUCCUAUGGAUACACGGCAGAUACGUGCAUCCGCAAGCCUGUUGAUGUGAAUGACGCUAUCCUAGCACUCACGAGGCAACUCUCAGGUCUUCAGUUCGUGCAAGCGCUUGACGAUGAGUCUCCCGUGACGAAAGUUUUGAGGUCGGCUGAAGUUUACCGUAUUAUAAUUCUUGAACCCCUUGGUGGCAUCCCGGCAAAGAAUCGAGCAACAGGCAGACAUAUGUUCUUGAAUCUUGAGCACGAAUUUCAAGAGGUUCAAGCUGAUUUAGAGGCUCCCGUAAGCCUAGCAAUGUCAGGCGAAAGCACGGACAGAGCACACCAUCUGGAGAAUGCUAAGCUGGCAAGGGACGCGCUAUCUCUACUUCCACCAACUUCCUCAGCGAUCAUAACGACCCCACAAGAGGCCGCAAAAGAGCGGCGGCCCGAAGAGACCGUAAUGGAUCUUGCGCUUGUUGGCACGCGACGAGGGCAAAACCCACUUAUCCAUAGUCUUUUGACUGACAAACCAGUCCAGUCGUCUUCGCUACCUACGGAACGUUUCACACCAAUCACAUCAUCAACUGGAGCUUCCCAGAUAGGGUCGUUGACGACGUUGGCUAAGCGUGGUAUGCCUCUCACUAUUUUCCCCAAUCCUAAAAUAACACCAUGGAAACCUCCGCAGCCGGGACAGAGUAGCCUCAGCUUAACGGAUCCAUGCAUCGACCUCCCGCGGUUAGUCAAUUUAAUUGAAGAUUCCUUUGGGCGGAAACUCGACGUCGAGCAUUAUUUGAAGCGCGUUGAGGGCAACCUGGCGGGUAUUAUCAUUGCUGGCGAGUAUGAAGGCGGCGCCAUCCUCACGUGGGAGAUUCCCCCAGGCACGACAGACCUGAGCCGGCGAGUGCCGUACUUGGAUAAGUUUGCCGUCCUCCGUAAAAGCCAGGGCGCGGGAGGUGUGGCGGAUAUUGUGUUUAAUGCCAUGGUCCGGAACUGUUUCCCCGAGGGGGUAUGUUGGAGGAGCCGAAAAGACAACCCCGUCAACAAGUGGUAUUUUGAGAGAUCAAGGGGCACGCUGAAGCUCAACGGGAUGAACUGGACUAUGUUCUGGACAACCCCGAAACUGACGUUGCAUGACCAAAGAUUCGACGACUACGAGGCCGUGUGCCGUGGCAUCGAGCCCUCGUGGGCAGAUAAAAAGCAUAUAGUCGAUUAGCAGAGAAAUGAAUGGAAUCUCUGAACAUCGCUGAAACAAGAAUCAAAGCAUAUAGCAUGACUUACGUGGUUGCCAUGUGAAGAGCCCCCUGGACAUACCAAGGAAUU